CACGGCGCCUGCGACAUGGGGGGGCGCGGAGGAGACGCCGGAAGUCGCGGUGGUACGGGUCGGCCUGAGGGGUACUCAGCGCCCGCAGCCUCUACCCGCGCGGCGGCCAGAGCCCAAGCCCGUGGGGGUGGGCGUGGCGGUCGCCGGAACACAACUCCGUCCGUUCGCUGUCGGCGCGGGGCGGCGCCGCCGCGUCGCUCGCCUUCACCAGCGGCCAUGAGCGAGCGCCUCCGCCCCAGGAAAAGGAGAAGAAAUGGCAAUGAUGAUGACAACCACCUCCCACCCCAGACCAAAAGAAGCAGUAGGAACCCCAUCUUCCAGGACUCCUGGGACACAGAGUCUUCGAGCAGCGACAGCGGUGGGAGCAGCAGCAACAGCAGCAUCAACAGCCCGGACAGGGCCAGUGGGCCAGAGAGCAGCUUGAGCCAGAUCAUCCCUGGAUCCUGCCCCAGCACCCCCCAGCCGGUGCUGCCCGAGCAGUCUGCACUGUGCCAAGGUCCUUACUUCCAUAUCAAUCAGACCCUGAAGGAGGCCCAUUUUCACAGCCUACAGCACCGAGGCCGGCCUCUGACAUGAUGCUCUGGCAGUUUCUUGCCUUCUGUGAAGGGACAGCACUGUGCAUAUUGAAUAUUUCAACUUAAUGAUUUGUUUUUAAAAGUUGCACACAGGAAAAAAAAAUGCCUGUUGGCUUUCAGUCUAUAUUGAGUAUUGGGUCAGCAGGCAGCUGUUUACGUGGGGUUUUGCUGCAUUAUUGUGAUUUCAGAGGGGCUUGGGAGCAAUUUUUUAUAGGAUUCUUUUGAGAGAGGGCAUCAAGUCCAUGUCAUGGCAGUGUUUGAGGAAGUCUUUGACUGAUUUCCACAUCUGUCAGUUAGACAUUUACUGUAUGUAAGAGCCUCUUAAAAAUGUGGGAUCUUCAGUUUUUGUUUUUUUUUUUUAGCUCAAUAAACUAGUAAAGAAUAUCUAGUUUCCAUAGGAAAAAAAAACCCGUUAAGUUUUCUCUCCAAAUAUAGGAAGUUUGACUCAGUCUUGCACUGAUGCUAACUGCCAUACUACCUCUUAGUAUGUAGGUGUCCAUGGAAAGCCCUCCCUGGAAGGGAACAGCCGCCUACCCUGAAGACCAUGAGGCCAAGCACUUUCCCUGCCUGGUUGUGUCUGUUCCACAUUCGUAUUCCCAGGGAGAAUGUCACUUCAAUACCUGUUUUCUUCUAGUCUUCACUGCAGAUGGUACAAAGAACCCCGCAGUCUAAGAAAUACCUAGUAACUGUCUUAUAAAUUUGCGUAUUAACAGCUUAACUGCUAACCUCGAGCAGUGCCCAUAGCCAAGGCAGUGGUUGGUGCUGAUGAAGCACAAGCUGCCUGCUAGCUAAAGAGAGGAUUUAACUCAUGCUUGACAGCACCCCUGCCUGCUAGGGGGCCACAUUCCAUCAUCAGAACCGGGAAGAUUGGGGCAGUGUAGAAACACAAGCAGAGGCACCUCUGGGAAAGCGAUGCAGAAGUAUUUUUAUUUAGAGCCUGGGCAUUGUUU